AGUAUCCUCCUCGCACAGUGUCAUGACGGACGCACGUGAAUUCCUUCUGCGAAAAGUUAUCGAUGAUAUUGUCAAGCAACAAAAUUACGAAAAGUAUGAACUGAAAAUACAAGCUCUUCCUCCGACUGGAGCGAAUUUCACUUCCCAAUUAUUCUUUGUCACUAUUUCGGCUCCAGACAAACGAGACCUUCACUUGUUUGCCAAAGUAGCAGUCGCCGGAGAAACGUUGCGCACUCAAGCUCCCGUCAAUGUUUAUGAUAUCGAACGUCACUUUUAUACAAAACUCGCGAAUAUAUAUGAAGACCUUCAAGAAGAACACAAAAUAUCUCAAGAACACAGACUGAUUCUACCCAAAUUUUAUGGUUGCAACGAGACAUAUCUAGAUGAAGUAAUGGUUUUACAAGAUUUUAGCGCCGAAGGGUUCACGACUUUAGAUCGUCUGGUUCCUUUUGACUGGGAAUACGCAUCGCAAGCGGUGGAACAACUAGCUAAACUACAUGCACUGUCAAUAGCAUAUCAGGAACAAUAUCCGGACGAUUACAAGGAAGCUAUGAAUAUCCUAAAACGCAAAGUACUGCCAGAAGACUCGCCUCUAGUACAUAUGAUGCAGACUAUGAUAGGAAAACUAUUGGAAUUAGUGACGGAAAAGUACAGACUAAAGGUGCAAAACUUUGUUGUGGAAAAUCUCACGAUGACUAAGCUAGUUCAGUAUUAUAUGCCCCUCGAGAGACCAGUGCUCAUACACGGAGACUUCCGGCCCAGCAACUUGAUGCAUAAAAUCGAUAAAAAUGGAAAAUUGCAAGUGGUAAUAGUGGAUUACCAAACCAUUACCCCAGGAAGCGUGUUCAACGACCUCCUGUACUUCAUCUUCACGGGAUCGGACUCGGCGUUUCGUCAACAGUAUUACCACAAGCUGCUGGAACAUUACUACCAGCAGCUGAGCCACGCGCUCACCAGGUUACAUCUUGAUCCAGGAAUAGUCUUCCCUAAAGAAACUUUUGAUUCUGAACUCAAAAAGAUGCAACAUUACGGGCUAGUGUUGGCGGCAAUGAUGCUGCCCAUGAUCACUCUUGAACAAGGACAUGUGCAGGGGCACGGCUACGAUAGCUUGGACAGUAUGACGCAGAUGAUGCAACACACCAGCGACCUCUGCGCGGAGAGAUUCAAUGAAGUCGUCGAAGAUUAUGUGCGUUGGGGACUGCUAUAAGGACACACAUUUCUCUAUGGAACACAACUACUAAAAUGACUUACAUCACAAUAUAUAUGAAGAUUCAGUAGACAGCACGUUCAUCAAGGUCAUAGUUUUUUGUUACUAAAUGACAAAAUAACAAACAUAUAUGUCACUAUUGAUUUGUGUGAAGACGACAUUGCACUAAUGAGUUUAGGCAAAUUCCAAAUAAUUGAGACGCCAUUGAGAUGCUCAUUAGGGUGUCCAGUCCAUGUAUGGGCAAAAAUAAUUUCUAGAUAUGAUUACGCAAGAGGUGUCAAAAGUUGAGUGUUGACAAAUAUAUUACGAUUAUUUAAAAAAUUAAUUAGAUAUCUUUCGUCUUGGGGUCUCUACACCGGUAGAGGACCCUUCAAGAACCGCCUUGAAGGUUUUCAAAUUUUCCUUUUUAGAGGUUCCUAACAUAAACUAUAAAUCAAUCAAAAAUAAUGUUUUAAUGGUUUUUAUUAAAUUUAUGGGUACAAUAAUAACUUAAAGCAAGGUUUAAAAUAGUUGAAAGAUAAGUAACAAGUGGCAAUUUAAAAAAAACUGUUAUUUUGCCCAAAAUUAGGCAUUGCCGCGCGAGAUAUUAAUCUGUUCCUAAUGAAACCAUCCCGAGCUGUAGCGUCCAUGACGCUUUGAGAAGCCUCUGUCACUACUUUCACACAUUUUCCACUGCCUGUGUGUGACAGAGGAAGUCAACAAUGUCGAGGCUGUGUUCUUUAGCCUUCAUUCUAAGGUCAUCGUUGGAGAUGUGUCGCAAAAUGGUGGAGCCGAUAUCUUACUCUUGUCAAAAUAUUAUAUUAAUGUAAACUUUUGCACAGAAGUUAAGCUUUGGUGUUUUAAAUACCCUGCGAGAGUAACUCUUUUCUGCAUCUCAGGGCCUUUAAUAUUUUGCAAGAUGCAAGUUCUCGAAUGUAGGUAUCUAUCGUCGAACACCACCUUUGAUACGUGAAGUUUGUCACACUGAAACUAGAAAGUUUGAUUAAAACUUGCUGCAAGUUGCUGCAGUUGUCAUGGCAAACUUGAAGCAAGUCUUCGUUUUUGAUGUUUCAAACUUGUUGCAAGUCAGAAACAAGUAUAAAUUGCUAUCUGGGUUGUAUCACUCACACUCACUUCGUCUUGAACCCAUUAUUAAAACGUAAGACAAACACGUAUUUUAUCACAAGAAAGUACGCAGCGAUACCUUACUGCAAUAUGCGACGAACGAUAAUGAGUCGAACUGCCUCACCGUAGAAGUAGAGAAUUUGAGAGAAACAAGUCAAAACACUUAUUUUGCGAGUUCGAUCCAAACCAAUUCCUAACUGAAAAGAUCCUGUCAUUACCUGCAAAUCGUAGUUUAGGUCUUCACUAUCAAUAAAAUAAAAUGGGAGUAACGUAUAUUAAAUAGUAUAUGUGACAUUGACUGGACGGUUAAUUUUUUUUUUAAUGAAAAUGCCUGUAGAGCCCUCAAGAUAUCUUUUUAUAUAUAUCUUUUUUUUAUAAUUUUUAUGGUUAUCUACAACUAAUAACGCAACUUUUGAGGGGCAGCCUAUAUACCUAUUAAGUUAGAGGCCGCGGUUACUACAAAAGAUAUACACGAUAUACAACAUAUUGAUUAAUUUUACUAAUGGGCUCAUUAUUAUUGCUUUUUGUUAUCUAUUUUAGUGAUUAAGACAUCUUGAUUUUGCACUUCAAUUUUUUUUUUUUACUUAGGUUACAAAUAUUUUUAUCGUUAAAACUGCCAUCUGUGGUGGCUUGUAAUUUGCUCUUCAUUAAAUAGAUUGUAAGCUGCUACCAUCUAAUUGAAGCAGUUAGUCACCCAAACAGAAUAUUUUUUUUUUUUAAGAUUAAAAUUAACUCAAGAACUGAAAUUAAGUUUGGCAUUCUAUAGUGACCUUGCUACUGAUGCGUGUCCAUAGUUAAUCUAUAUAUUGUACUCGUAUGAAACAAAAUCGCUUCCCGUUGUCUGUAAGCUGAGGUUUUUUAGAGAACUCUAAGAAAAAAGAGGCUAUAUUAAAUAGCUACCUGAUAAUAUUUUGAAGUAACUUACAUGUCUAAUACAUGAAAGUAACUUGAAAAUAUUUUCCAACUUUCUGAAGAACUAUUUAAUGGAGAGCCUUAACAUUUAUUGUAACAUGUAUGUAAAUGCAUAAGUUUUCGAAGAAAAAUUGCACGAUUAUAAAUUUAAAUAUCAAGUUCGAGAACAUUAUCAAUAAUUUUAUACAUAUGUUACAGAUACUUUUAGCUAUUGUACGUGAAUAAUGCUGUUCCUAAAUUAGUAGUAAUAUGUAUAGUGAUUCAAGAGGAAGCUUUAUUGAUGUGGCAUAAGAUUAACUAACUCAUUAAAAAAGGAAUAAACAAUAAAACACAUUCAAAUCGUGUUUUUCCAUUUUAUUAUUUCAGGAAUUGUUUGUUUCCAUAUUAAUAUAAUAUCAUAGUUUCAUUACAGUGAUUACAUGUCAGCAGGUAAUGACGAAUGCACGAACGCUGGUACUCGAUUGGCAUCCCAAUAAAAAGUUAAAUAUUAAAUUAUUCGUAAACGCCAGCCACUUGACUACCCUGAACAACAUACAUUUUUGAUUCUGCUUAUCUAUUGAUGAGAUUGAAUGAUAAUGUUUAUGUAAUUCAGAUGUAGUCAGUGUCAGCAGAGUUAAAACCAAAAAUGACCUUGCGAUCUAAACGCAAAUAAAACACAGCCAUCAAACAAAAAUAACAUUAUACAGCUUCUUAUAAGUUAGGUCGUAAUUUGGAGCGACAAUGCCUACAUCAAUCGCAAUCCUGGAUUUACUGACAUUCAAUCAUUAAGAGAUGUACCGAGUAUUGAAGCAACUUACUCCCGAAUUAGGUGCGCAAGUUUUAGAAGUAAAAACCGGUAUAAUAUGUAUGUACAUUUACGUACAAUUACUUAAAACCUAUUAUUCAAUCGAAUAUUCAGCAUUAGAGCAGUCAUUCGACCGAAUACGAAUAAUUCCAAAAGUUGUAGUGAAUCGAGCAGUGGUGGAUUAACGGGGGUUCUGGGGGGGCCUACAAAUGAGCUACAGCCAUCCGCCAAAUCAUUAUGUGAAUGGCGGAGAUGUGGUGGUGGUAGGAGGUGUAAACGAACGCAAUAUCAAGUUUCUGUCCUGGUUGAAAAAAGUUGUCGAUCCGGGUCUAUUGCGCCCCCGGGCCUCCGAUGAGGUUAGUCCGCCACUGGUAUCGAGUGAUAGGUAAUAAGAAUACUCGGCCCAUCUCUCAUAAUAUAUUUACUUGGUCGUACACGCUAUAUCAUAACAAACGUACACAACUUUUUAUAUAAACAUUUAUUUUAUAAUUUAACCAUAUUUAUAUAGUACCUAGUAGAAUUUCCUAAUGUUGCAUGUUACUAGAACGACGUGCACUUAAACAGUAGGUAUUCAAUCUGUUCGAUCUUUAUCUUAUGAGCAGGGUUACAUACACCGAUCAUCAAAGUAAAUCAUUACAAUUUCGUAGAAACAUUGGUCGGCUUACAAGUAAAUGAAGUUUAAAGCGAAGUCACGGCUAAUAUUUAUAUAUAACAGGCGAUAUGUGGACACCAGUAACAUUGUUAGCUAAUAAUAAUAAUUUGAUUAUGUUCCAAUAAUACAUAUUUAAAGUGUGAACAGCUUCUUCCACAGAAUAGAUAACUUACCUGCUAGCCGGUAGAUAUGUUGAAAAAAGUGUAUCAAUAAAUGGAGCAAAACUGUUCAGUUUCAUCAAUGUAAACAUCAAAGUACUACACCUCAUCACAAUACUCAAGGUGAAGCAAACAAAUAAUGAUAUGAGGUACACUGUACUAUGCUGUAGCUACACAUAUAUUAACUAUUGGAAAAUUAAUUCAAACAAUAACAGAUCAUAAUCUAUCUUAUAUUUUUUUGUUUAGAAUUACUUAUGCUAGAUAAAAUGAUAAUAACAUCGCACAAAACUCAAAAAUAUUGCGUGUACGAAGAUACAUUUCUAAAUAUAUAAUAAUUAUUUAAAAAAAUAUUUACUCAGUGCUUGGAUUAAUAAUUUAUCGGUCACUUCCGUCACAAACUGAUAAUAUAUUAAAGAUUUUAUUUAGAUUUUUAUCAAUGAGAAAUUAUAUUCCAUGCCUCAUCAUAACACUAAUGACCAAC